UCAGCUACCAAUAAUUUCUUCUCCACAACCAACAACUAGUCAGCAGCCAACAAUUAAAUCACAACCACUAUCUCCUCCACAACCACAGCCACCAACACACAAUUACCUCUUGCAAAAACGAGCCACUUUUCAACUAUCUAAAUCUAUUCUGUCCCCUCCGCAACAGUCCUCUCCAACUAGUGUAAUGUUUAUUUAUAAUAUAAAUACGAAAUAUUUGAAAAACAUUGACUUAAUAGAUCAUGACCAAUCCGAAUUGCCAGCUUCUGAUUUCACUGCUACAUAUUUACAAGAUUACAAUUCUAUAAUAUAUAUAGGUGGUAAAUCUUCAGGUGAAAAAUUAAUACCAAUAAAUCAGAUAAAUGAUGGCAAUUACAAUUGGCGUCUUAUAACAAUCGCACAAAAUAAUCAACCUAUCGCUAUUCCUUACUAUCAUACGGCGACAUUGAUUAACGAUACUUGGAAAGAUAGCAAAAGUGGAACGUUAAUUGAAGAUGCCACAUCAAACACAAAUCAAAUUACAAACAAUACAUCAACAUCGAAUGCCAAUGUAAGUUCGAUUCUUAAAGUAGACGUACAGAAAAAUAUUUAUAUAUGGGCAGCUAAUUUUUCUGAUUUUAAUCCAACUGAUUCAAUAUAUCCUCUAAGAAAAGGAGUAAAUACUGGCAGUAUAGUAAGCGGUGUCAUUGGAGGAAUUUUAGGUGUUGUUAUUCUAGUAUAUGUCAUAUUCAAAUUAUGCAGACGUAAGCAAAAGCCAAAAGAUUCAGAGAAUAGUCACCAUGAAGACAUUCAAGUUAGACCAAACCAUAUUACAAGCGAUUCAAACAAUCAGAUUAUGCAAUAA